AUGAGGGCUCUCUACCUUCUUUUAUUGUUUUCCACAGCGGUAUUUGCUGGCGAAAUACGCGUUUUGUUGUUUGCUCAAAAGCUAGGUGAACAAGACAAAGCGCCAUUUGCUACGCUAGUUUAUGACCAAAGUUCAUCUCAGUUUGAGAUAGUUGAUGUAAAUGAAAACUUAGAAGAGAAUUCCUACUGUAUUGGAGCGGAAUUCGACGGAAAUUACUAUUCGUGCUUUUCCUACAUUAAGGUUAAAUACCCCCUGCACUAUGAUCUUUUCAUUGACACAAGGCAUGACUCGCAUCUGCUUUAUAAGCUUUCACUGAAACCAAAUCUCAGCGCGAAAGGCAUCAAUCCGGUAUUAAGAGAGCCGGUAGCUGGCCCAGAAGCAUCUGCAAUCAAAUUGAAAAAAGUUACAAAGACAUAUGAGGAUAAAAAAUCGAAGCUAGGAUCACCGGCAGCGUCGUUCGAAGAAGACAUUGAACCCGACGAAAGAACCUUCGUCCAGAAGAACUGGAAGUACAUGCUGAUAGGACUGGUUCUCUACACUGUGAUUAGCGGUAACAAUGGUGGAAGUACAGCCUCGCAACAGUGA